AUGGCUUCCUCCGCCACAAAUCUCCUUCUUUCUUCAUCUUUCUUCGGAACCAAGACCUUAAUCUUUCCUCCGACCCCCAAAACUACCAGAUCGGCGACGCCUCUGCCAUUUUUUCCGAAGAGGAAGCUCGUUCUUACGCGGAGCGUUCUUAGCGACAGACCUAAGUUUCCAUCGAAAGCUACUUUGGCUGCCCUAAUUUUCUCCUCACUUGCGCCGCAAGCUCUGGCUCUGGAUGACGCUUCCCCUCCACCGCCUCCGCCUCCUCCGGUAAUUGAAGCUCAAUCGGUGAGUCCCAGUACUUCAACCUCCUCCCCGUUCUCUCAGAAUCUUCUUCUUACUGCCCCUAAACCCCAAUCCCAAUCGCCUUCGGACCUUCCCGAAGGCACCCAAUGGCGAUACAGCGAAUUCUUGAAUGCGGUGAAGAAGGGCAAGGUGGAGCGAGUUAGGUUUAGCAAAGACGGCUCUGCGCUUCAGCUCACCGCCGUUGAUGGCCGCCGGGCCACCGUGAUUGUCCCCAACGACCCUGAUCUCAUCGACAUUCUAGCCAUGAAUGGUGUCGAUAUUUCGGUGUCCGAAGGCGAUACGGGAAACGGUCUGUUCAGUUUUAUUGGUAAUUUGUUGUUCCCGUUCCUCGCUUUUGCCGGAUUGUUCUUCCUCUUCCGCCGCGCCCAGGGCGGACCCGGCGGCCCUGGUGGACUAGGCGGGCCAAUGGAUUUUGGAAGAUCGAAGUCCAAAUUCCAAGAAGUGCCAGAAACUGGAGUGACUUUUGCUGAUGUUGCCGGAGCCGACCAAGCGAAGCUUGAACUGCAGGAAGUGGUCGAUUUCUUGAAAAACCCUGAUAAGUACACUGCUCUUGGAGCCAAAAUCCCAAAAGGGUGCCUCCUCGUUGGACCUCCUGGUACCGGAAAGACUCUUCUGGCCCGGGCCGUGGCCGGAGAGGCUGGUGUGCCAUUCUUCUCGUGUGCUGCCUCAGAGUUUGUAGAACUGUUUGUGGGUGUGGGUGCUUCGAGAGUGAGGGACUUGUUCGAGAAGGCCAAGUCCAAAGCCCCUUGCAUUGUCUUCAUUGAUGAGAUUGAUGCUGUGGGAAGACAGAGAGGGGCUGGUCUUGGAGGUGGGAAUGACGAGAGAGAGCAAACGAUCAAUCAGCUCUUGACUGAGAUGGAUGGCUUUUCUGGUAAUUCAGGUGUGAUUGUGUUGGCAGCUACAAAUAGACCAGAUGUUCUUGACUCCGCUUUGUUGAGGCCCGGAAGGUUUGAUAGACAAGUCACUGUCGACCGACCCGACGUUGCCGGUAGAGUUAAGAUUCUUCAGGUGCACUCAAGAGGGAAGGCUCUUGCUAAAGAUGUCGACUUCGAAAAGAUAGCGAGGAGAACCCCCGGUUUCACUGGAGCUGAUUUGCAGAACUUGAUGAACGAAGCAGCCAUUCUUGCAGCCCGGCGUGAUCUCAAGGAAAUAAGCAAAGAUGAGAUAUCAGAUGCUCUUGAGAGAAUAAUUGCAGGACCAGAAAAGAAGAAUGCCGUUGUCUCGGACGAGAAGAAGAAAUUAGUUGCCUACCAUGAGGCAGGGCAUGCUCUUGUCGGUGCAUUGAUGCCAGAAUACGAUCCCGUGGCAAAAAUAUCGAUCAUCCCCCGUGGGCAAGCCGGUGGACUUACCUUUUUCGCUCCAAGUGAAGAGAGGCUCGAGUCUGGACUGUACAGCAGAAGCUACCUGGAGAAUCAGAUGGCUGUUGCCCUUGGAGGAAGGGUGGCCGAGGAGGUGAUAUUUGGAGAAGACAAUGUGACAACGGGUGCAUCGAACGACUUCAUGCAAGUCUCUCGAGUAGCGAGGCAAAUGGUUGAGAGGUUUGGAUUCAGUAAAAAGAUCGGACAAAUUGCAAUUGGCGGUCCGGGCGGAAACCCCUUCUUAGGUCAACAGAUGUCAUCCCAGAAAGAUUACUCCAUGGCAACUGCAGAUGUUGUGGAUGCAGAGGUUAGGGAGUUGGUAGAGAAGGCAUAUUCGAGGGCGAAGCAGAUCAUCACAACACACAUCGACAUUCUUCACAAACUCGCGCAACUCCUUAUCGAGAAGGAAACCGUGGACGGGGAAGAGUUCAUGAGCCUCUUCAUCGACGGAAAAGCUGAGUUAUAUGUUGCAUAGAUGAUAGAAACAUAUGGACACGGCAUUGUAUUAUAAAAUGUCAAAUACACAAAGAUUAAUCAACUAAUCACUUCACUUGAUUUCACAAAA